ACCAAGAUGGCGACGUACAUGACGACUUUUCGUUUCUUCAAAACAUCAACAAACUCGGAUAUUUUCAGAACCAAAUCAUGGRUGUGAAUGGAGUAUUUGACAUUUUGAAGUAAUGAAGCUAAGGAUACGUUUUCAAAAUCGUAGAGAGCUAAUCGAGGUGCCUAAUCCAGAAUGUACUUUACCAGAGUUGAUACGGACUGUUGGCGUCCAAUUUUCUUUACCGGAGUCUACAUUUGGAUUAUCUCUUGAUGGCAAGACUUUGUUACACACAGAUGAAAAUGCAACYCUCUCUGCUUUAGGGAUUGUAGGAGGGGAUUUGCUUCAYAUAUUACWGAACAGUAUUACAGAWAGURGCAGUGAAUUGUCAUCAAACGUGACUGUCAAUCAAAGUGUUACCUCUCAUGCCGUAUCAUCAAACACUGUUGAUCUUGAAGAGCCAUCCACAUCUGAUAUURGAAUGUCAUCUUUGAAUCAAAACAACAGCAAAUCAGAUGAAAUGUUAAGUGCACCAAAAGAAACUUUUAAKAAAGAAARKAAAUUUAUUAACUCUGAAAAAYCCCAAAAUGUAGCUGGYAAAGACCAUCAGAGAGCAGGRUCAAGCAAUGUUAUUACAGAACAAAAACAAAUAAGACUUGAAUAUGCACCUAAAGUACUACUGUGUCGAGAUGGCAUGCCAUAUUCACUUCAAUCGUCGUAUGAAAUAGCAGCAGUUGUUACAAUGCAUCAAGCAGUUUGUGUUGCAGUUCAUGUGUUAAUGUUAGAAACUGGAUUUGUYAAUUAUAACCCAGAGGCGAAUGAACAACCAAUCAAAGAACCUUCUGCUUCUGACAAUAGCAAUACAGCCAGUAGUUCUGGACCAAUCAUAUCCCAGAAUUGGAAGACUGACAGUGGUGCCAGGUUUCUCUAUAGUCAUCCAGCUUGUCCUGGUUUAAUGUGUAGUGUUGUUUGUACCUCCCUUGGUCCGUAUGUACUAGCUCAUGGAAUGUCUAACAGUCCUUCAUGUAGCGAGGUUCAUCAGUGUAGAUUAUCAGCAGCUGACUUUGUCAAAGGCAAUGUGGAUCUUAAGUCCAGCAGUGCUGUAGAUGUUUAUAAAAAUCUACAGCGUCUUUCAAUGGCUGUGAAGGAUCAAAUUGCAUAUCCCUUGUUGUCAUCCAUGAGGCAUGAACUGAAUUUAGAAGAAAUUUAUGGAUUUAUGGCAUUACCAACUGAAGUUAAGCUGAUGGUUCUCUGCMUGCUUCCUGUCAAAGACAUUCUCCAGAUAUCAGUAACAUGCCGUGAAUUACAGACCAUCACUAGUGACAGUAUUCUGUGGCAGCAGUUAUGUUUUAGAGAUUUUGGAUUGUUGUCAAAAGGAAAAUACACUACUUGGAAAAUGGAGUACAAGCGACGGUAUAAAGAUUAUCUGGAAAGAAAACAAGAUAGUCAGCGCAUGACCUUUGUUGUGCCUGGACAAGGAAUGUAUGACCCACCAAUAUUCUCAGCUCCACAUCCUCCAUUUGCCUUUCCUGGAAUCCAUGGUGGACGACAUGAUAUGUUCCCAAAUGUCCCUUUUAUGCCUGGUGGUAUAAACCCAGGGUCUCUUCCAACACCUGGAAAUUUUCCCCGUCCUCGUUUUGACCCUUUUGGACCUUUACCAGAAAUGGACAUUAAUCCUGGACCCAACAGAAGAGGACGAGGAAGAGGGCGUGGUCGAGGAGGGUUCCCUCCUGGUCCUUUUUUCUAGAAGCUGUUAAAAUGAACAUGUUUCGAUGUCAUGCCAUUAAUAACAAACACAGAGCACACAAGCUGCAUGAAGUCCAAAAAAUAAUGACCAAAGAUGAGUUAAUGAUAGAACAUUUUAAUAUGCCUUAAAGUUACUGAAGUACUGUAUUUCCAAAUGAAUAAAGAGCUUUAUGAUGUCCAAGGACUAGUUCAAAUGACUAAGUAGUGUAUGARGGAAUUUUGUAGAAAGUUUGACAUGUAAAUUGGCUGAAUUUAUCACAAGCUUAUGGCACAGUUAGUCAAGGCUGAUAAAAUUUAAACUGUAACAUCAAAAGUACAAAUUCUAUAAAAAUUGUUUAACAAAAGUAYUGRAAGGCAUUUGUUUGAAAAGGRCGUAAGUUUACUACAAAAACGUUUGCAAUAAAAUUGCUUUUAGAAUGA